AUGGGUAAUGAAAGAAGCUACGAAUACACGCCUCCCGAGUUUAGUACAACGGACGAGGCAACUGCAAGUACUACCUGGGACGGUAGCCCGUGCGCUUCAUCUACUUUGGGCGCCUACACGACCAUUCCUGAUGACGCUUGGAACUACCAGUGGAACACACAGCACACGCCGAUAACCGACGGGACUUACAACGUCGACGAUGUCCCUGACAAUGGCAGCACAACAUACCAGCAGCUGUGCUCCACCAGCAGCGUCGAUAACGCAAGGCCCAGCACAAGACUCGCUGGCAUGGAGGAAGCAACAGCCAGUUUUGAAAACGGUGCCACGUGUCAGUGACAUUGGGAGCUCAAGUUACCAGCAGCUGGGCUUCAUCAGCAGCAUCGAUAACGCAAGGCCCUGCCCAAGCCGCGCUGGCAUGGACGAAGCAUCAGCCAAGUUUGAAGACGGCGCAAUGGAUGCUACUGCAACCGGCGGAAUGGAACAGCAAGAGUCCUGCCGUGUCAGAGCAUGGGAUCAAUCGUCUGUCAAGAAGUCGAACCUCAAAUGUGAAACAUGUGGUAAAUUUUUCAACAGGGCUCGCAAUCUAUCUGCACAUUACCGCACGCAUACCGGCGAGAAACCAUACACAUGUGAAAUGUGUGAUAAAUCAUUCGCGCACAGCUCGACUUCCCGUAAUCAUGAACGGAUUCACACAGGCGUGAAACCCCAUUUCUGCCAAAUAUGUACUAAAGCAUUCAAAAACAAAUCGGAACUUAAGAGCCAUCUCAUAUCUCACAGUAACGACCUUCGGUUUGCGACAUAUGUAAUCUCUCCUUCAAGUGCAACUCAUGUCUCAGAAGGCACCGCCAAAGAAUUCACGAAAGCAAAAUGCCGUACGAGUGCAAGCAAUGAAGAUUUGGG